AUGAAUCUUCAACAUUCAACGCUAGUCUUUGGGCCACAGACGAAUUCCUUUGACGCGGCCCAUCUCUCCGCAGUUAGAAACUCUUUAGUCUCUAACAAACGCCUAAAGCCAUUUUACAAGGCCAUUGCGGGGCUUUCCGACUUCUUGCCAACACUACUCGCUCAUGAUUCUUCUCUGCAGAAACUACCUGCAGUAGAAUACUGCACCUUCCUGAUUCGAUGGCUUGAGAACGGUUCAUCAGCAGGAGAGCCAAUGAAUCAGGAUUUACCGAACAUGGUUUGCACGCCCCUCACGGUCAUCAUCCACGUUGUGCAGUUUUUCAAUUAUCUCGAGACCCACUAUGGGCCUAUUCACGCAUAUGAUAAUUUCCUUGCAUCUGCGACUCCGGCCCAGGGGUUCUGUAUCGGGUUUCUGACCGCAGCCGCUGUGACUUGUGCUUCGGAUGAGGACACUUUGGUCAAACUGUGCUCAAAUGCCUUGCGACUUGCUCUUUGCAUAGGUGCUUAUGUUGAUCUAGACCAGUCGAAUGCGGGGGAUGGUCUGACAACGGCUGUCAUGGUUUCUUGGAGUGAGAAGAAUAAACCCGUUUGCGAUGUUUAUGAGUUCUUGAAGGAUUUUCCAGAAAAACUUCGUGAUUCCAUAUCAAAAGCCUUGCUCGAUCAAGGGUAUAGUGUAAUACCAUUGGUUGUCUUUGGUCGUUUUCAUUCAUCUGUUCAGACAAAUGCCUGUCAGAAAGUCAUUCAACUAUGUGCAUCAACGGAAUCUUUACAAUUCCCCCAAGCAGAAAGUCUUCGGACCGCUUUGAGAACAGAUGAGGAUGGACAAGAAAUACGUGAAGGACCACUUCAUGAAAUAGCGCUGGUUUCAUUGCUUUCAAGGCAAUCGAAAUGGUAUGCGACCAUUGCAAACACAGUUGCUCAAUUGGAUGCAAGUCAAAAGAGGCAUGUACUUCAAGUAGGGUUUGUCGAUUGCAUUCCAAGUCGGCUUGUUCGUGAAUUUAACCUCAAAGUCGUAAAGCUUAGCAAGUUCCUUCCCAAUGAUGGAUCCCAUACCACUGCCACUCCUUUACAAGAAGCCAUUUUGCAAUCUUGUCCAUCAAAAGAGCAUGUCUAUCCCAAACACUCAAUUGCAGUGGUUGGGUACUCAUGCAAAUUUCCUGGAGCAAAUUCGCCCGAAGAGUUUUGGGAUAUCUUGACUGAAGGCAAGUCAUUACUUCGAACGAUACCAAAUGGCAGAUUCCCUACCGAAUGUCUGAGGAGGUCUUCGAAACAGCCAUUCUAUGGCAAUUUCGUGGAUGAUAUUGAUGCAUUUGAUCAUAGGUUUUUCCAGAAAUCUCCUCGAGAAGCGGCGUCCAUGGAUCCACAACAAAGAUUCUUACUUGAAUGUUCCUAUAACGCUCUCUCAUCCAGUGGAUAUUUUGGCCGGCAAUCGAUGUCUAAAAGCAAAGGAGGCAAUGAGCGAAAUGAUGUUGGAUGUUUUUUCGGAGUUUGCGGUUCCGACUACAACGAUAAUAUUGCUUCACAUCCAUCAAAUGCAUUCUCAUCUUUGGGUAGUUUACGAGCAUUUCUCAGUGGAAAAGUCAGUCAUUUCUUUGGUUUUACAGGGCCUUCAGUGAUCUACGACACAGCUUGCUCUUCUUCAGCUGUUGCAAUCGACGCCGCAUGUAAAUCUCUGCAGGCUGGAGACUGUUCAUCGGCUCUGGCAGGAGGUGUUUCCCUAUACACUAGUCCUUACUUUUACGAAAACUUGGGGGCAGCGUCAUUCUUGAGUCCGACCGGCGCUACAAAGCCGUUCGAUGCGGGAGCCGAUGGAUAUUGUAGAGGAGAAGGUGUAGGAAUCGUUGUUUUGAAACGAUUGGAGAAUGCGAUCGCAGACGGCGACCCUAUAUUAGGAGUUAUUGCUGGAUCUGCUGUUAAUCAGAGUAUGAAUUCAACGAGUAUUACGGUGCCAAAUUUGGAAUCUCAGUCGAUGUUGUUCGAAAAGGUUGCGGCACUUGCAGGCUCCAGUCCAUCGGAAUUUACAUAUGUCGAAGCUCAUGGGACAGGAACCCCUAUCGGAGAUCCAAUAGAAAUAAAUGCAAUCCGCAAAGUAUUUGGCGGGGCACACCGAUCUAUACCAUUACAUGUAGCAUCGGUGAAAGGUAAUAUUGGUCAUCUGGAAGGCGCCUCGGGUGUUGCGUCAUUGAUUAAGGUCCUUCUAAUGAUGAAGCACAAAUCGAUACCAAAACAAGCGAACCAUUUGUCUUUAAACCCCAAGAUAAGAGCUUUGGAACCAGACAAGAUGAAAAUCCCGCUCCAGACAACACCAUGGGAAGCUGAUCUCCGUAUCGCCAGCAUCAACAACUACGGUGCAUCUGGGAGCAAUGCAUCUAUAGCCGUGGUUGAACCACCGUCCCAAGUUCUCGAGUCUCGUCAUAUUAACGGCCCAGAGAGUUCGCCUAUGGCAGCUAAAUAUCCUAUCAGAGUAUCUGCAAAUUCUGCUGGAAGUUUGGCGGCCUAUUGCGAUCGUCUGAAAACCCAAGUUUCCCAACUCUGUCAAAACUCUAUUGCUUUGCGUGAUCUUUCUUAUGGUCUAGCAGAAACUCAGAAUUGGAAUUUCUCCAAUGUUUUCAUGGCGGCAGUCUCAGACCUUAGCGAACUAGACAAUGCGCUGAUAAACAGUGCGGAAGGCUACUUCACCACCCCCCAGAAAGUCAAGCCAGUAAUAUUGUGCUUCGGUGGACAAACAAGUGCUACAGCUUCCGUGGAUCGGAAUCUAUACAAUCAAUCGACACUCUUCAGUCGUCAUAUUAAUGAUUGCGAUGAGGUUCUGCGGUCCUUGGGAAAGAAAUCCAUAUUCCCUAGCAUCUUCGACUCCAGUCCUGAUUCUAGCACAGUCAAUCUUCACUCCAAAUUGUUUGUCCUGCAAUAUAGCGCUGCUAAGACGUGGCUAGAUUCCGGUAUCCAAGUUAGCUCGAUGAUCGGCCACAGUUUUGGACAAUUGACAGCGUUUACAGUUGCAGGAUCUCUCUCUCUGGAAGAUGGAUUGAAGCUUGUUGUUGGUCGUGCCGAAUUGGUUGAGAGGUUGUGGGGCCAUGAUAAUGGUUCUAUGCUAGCUGUCGAAACAGAUCAAGAUACUCUGGAUAAGCUUGUUGACUUGACGAGAAAGAAAGGGCCCGCAUUUGAAGUCGAAGUUGCUUGUUACAACGGCGCGACAAGCUUUGUAUUGGUCGGUACCCAUCUCGCCAUUGCGAAGGUCGAAGAAACCCUUAAGAACAACGCAGUGGAGUUUUCGUCACUCAAAGCAAGGAAAUUGGAUGUUACCCACGGGUAUCACUCCUCAUUAACCGAUGUUAUUUUACCUGAGUACAUGGAAAUUGUGAAAGGUUUAAAGUUCAGCGAACCCAAGAUUCACGUUGAAACAUGCUCUGAAAAUGAAGCAUGGUUAAUUCCUAGUCCCGAGCUGGUAGUUGAACACACGAGAACAGGAGUCUACUUUGGCAAUGCAGUUGAGCGUAUCAAUCAAAAAUUUGGUCCUUGCACAUGGCUAGAUGUUGGUUCUGGAUCAGCCAUCACCAAAAUGGCUAGGAGAGCACUCAAGUCGGGAACAUCUACUGUUCAAUUGCAUCAGUUCUUGGAUAUCAAACUAGACAACGAAAGAGUCAUAGAUCAAUUGGCCAAUACGACACUUGAACUUUGGAAAGCUGGGAGUAAAGCCCACUUUUGGCUUCAUCAUCGCUGCGAGAAAGAUAGCUACAAAAGAAUUGAUUUGCCUCCUUAUCAAUUUGAGAAGGCACGUCAUUGGUUGGAAUGGAAAGAGCUUCAGACCGCCGCGCCUCUACCGUCAACACCAAAAGAAUCUUCUAUUAAACGGCCGAAUUCCAUGCUAUCAUUUGUGAAAUUCCAUGACAAAGAUAGGAGUCAUGCUGAGUUUCGUAUUAAUGUACACGAGCAAGGAUACCAAAAAUGUAUCACCGGUCAUGCAGUUCUUGGGCAACCACUUUGUCCUACCCCUCUCUACAUGGAACUUGCAUCCUCUGCGAUUAUGAUUCUUGAAAACUACAAGUUACAUCAAGACACACCUAUAGUUCCUCGAAUACAAGACCUUGAGAUCAAAGCCCCCUUGGGCAAAGCACUUGAUAAAUCAGUGGCCUUGAAUCUCAGAUCAGAUGGCGAGUCUUGGCUAUUCGAGUUUUCAAGUCAGAGUCCGAAAACAAAGAGAAAUUCAUCUCAGCCAGUGAUACAUGCUACUGGUAAGAUAGUGCUGCGAGAUCGUUUCCCACUAAGCACUUCACGAACGGAAAGAUUAAUACCACAAACUCGCCUCACGACUAUUCAAUCAGAUUCCAAGGCGAGAAGCCUUCAAGGAACGCAGAUAUACGACAGGUUUUCUCGGGCAGUAACAUAUUCCGAAAUGUAUAAAGGUGUAAGGGAUGUCCAUGCAAGGGAGCACGAGAUUGUCGGAAAGAUUGUACUACCAAAAGAGAGUCAGCUCUCAGGCUUAGGACGCAAGACUGUAAUUGACUCAAUCGCGUUGGACAACUUCAUUCAAAUAGCCGGUCUCCACGUCAAUUGUCUUAUUCCCAUCAAUGACAAUGAAGUCAAUGUCUGCGUAAAGAUAUCUGAUCUUGAAUUUCAUAAAGAAUUGGAUACGUCAGAUAGUCAAUCCGGAUGGAUGGUCUUUUCAACCUAUUCGAAAACUGGAUCAAGAGAAGUAGAGAAUGAUAUCUAUGUCUUCGACUCACAAAGUCAUAAGCUGGUUUUAACAAUUUUUGGCGCCAUUUUCAUGCGAGUUAAUAUCAAUUUUUUGACCAAGACACUAUCUAAAGCAAAUUCUCGCAGUACUAUUGCCAUUAAUGAACCUCAGAUCACAUUUAAUGAUUUUGAGGUAGAAAAAUUGACAGUCUCGACAACUAUGGAAGAUGAAGGCUACACUACGACAAUUCACUCCGAGGAAGAAGAUAACGAAGAAAUAUCACCACUACUAGCAGGUCCCAAUCCAAUUUCCCGGCUGGAGAAAUUAUUGAUCGAGCACUUAGAUCUCCCCGAGGGUAGUGUGAGGCCAGAAAUGAAUCUGGUAGAUGAAGGACUAGAUUCUUUGUUAGCUAUCGAGCUUGGUAACGAUAUCGGCAAAAUGUUCGGUGUCAGAAAUAUCGCACUGGAUGAAUUUCAAACUUUUGGAGAGCUUUGUAUUGCUGUAUUUGGAAAAAAUACAAAGCCUGUCAAGACGCAUAUCAAAAAUAAGAAUAUUGAUGCCAAUGCUCUCACUUCUAGUCUGAAGAAGAUCGAGGAGCAUUUUUUCAUUGAGAAAUCUGCAAGCGAAACCCUGGUGCCGGACGAUCCAUCUUUCCUAAAAGGAUCGCAGUUGGUAUUUGAAAAAGUUCGCCGUGAGUUCGACACGUUUGCGAAAGAGACAGGUUUCAAUGGCUUUUGGGAGAAUGUUUAUCCCUCGCAAAAGAAGCUCGUCCUAUCUUAUGUUGUGGAGGCCUUUGUCAAGCUCGGGUGUCUCAUUCCCUCGUUAAUUGCCGGUGAGGUUCUCCCGUCGAUCGAAUUCCUACCAAAACAUCAGAAAUUGGUGUCGCAGUUGUACAAUAUAUUGGAAGAUGGCAACUUGAUAAAGAGUGGUGAAGGAAGAUUUCUGCGAACGAAUGUUCCGGUCGAUACCCCUUCAUCUUCUAAAUUGUAUCAGGAAAUUUUGGUAGAAGCGCCACUCUUUCACCUUGAACACCGUGUUCUCCACAUCACCGGCUCCAAUCUUGCAGACUGUCUUACAGGUAAAGCAGAUCCCGUACAGCUCCUCUUUGGGAAAAGAGAAAACAAAGCGCUCUUGGAAGAAUGGUACGCCACCGCUCCAGCUCCAGCGGCCAUCACAGCCCACCUCACGCACUUUCUUCACCAAGCUCUGUCCGCCCAUUCCGGAAUCGUUAAAAUUCUUGAAAUCGGCGGAGGAACUGGAGGAACAACAAAACACAUGAUAGAUUUUCUCACUUCCAAUAACAUUCCCUUCGAAUACACAUUCUCCGACAUCUCCCCCAUGUUCGUUAAUGCCGCCAAGAAAAGGUUUGCCGAAUAUCCAAACGUCACCGUUACAACUUUAGAUAUCGAAAAGCCAGUCUCUGAAAAUAUGCAGAAAAAGUUUCACAUAGUGUUAUCAACAAACUGUAUCCAUGCAACCAAAAACAUCUCCAAUUCUACAGCACAUAUUCGCGAUAUGCUCCUGCCCAACGGCUUUUGUUCACUAGUCGAAUUCACCCGUAAUAUGUUUUGGUUUGAUUUGGUGUUUGGACUAUUAGAUGGCUGGUGGUUUUUCGAAGACGGACGAUCCCACGUUUUGGCCGAUGAAUGGUUUUGGGAAUCGAGUAUGAAAACAGCUGGAUUUGGACAUGUUUCGUGGACACACAAUUCUAGUGCUGAAUCGCGGACUGUCAGGAUUAUUACAGGGUUUCUUGAGGCUCCCGAGAGUACGAGCGUUGUUCCCAAGAGACAGAGGGAAAGUUUCAAGUAUGAAAAGCUAGAGUAUAAGAUGGUUGGAGAAUGUCGACUUUUUGCGGAUGUUUAUUAUGAUUCUUGUACUGCGAAUAAUGAAAUUGAGAGACCUGUUGCACUUAUGAUCCAUGGUGGAGGUCAUACCUUAUACAGCCGAAAAGAUAUAAAUCCAAAGCACAUUCGACUGCUUCAAGACAAGGGAUUUAUCCCAGUCAGCAUUGACUAUCGGUUUAUACCCGAGGUAUCACUCCGCGAAGGAGCCAUGUCCGAUGUUUGUGAUGCACUAGCAUGGGCCCGAAAUACUUUACCAUCCAUCGUUCUAAAAAAUUGCCCUCAGCAAAGGGUAGACGGUAGUAGAGUAGUUGUACUUGGAUGGUCCACCGGCGGUACACUCGCCAUGUCCAGCGCCUUUACAUCUCUCGAACAAGGGACUCAACCACCCGAAGCUAUUUUAGCGUUUUACUGUCCCACAAAUUAUGACGAUGAAUGGUGGAAAACUCCCAUUUUCCCAAAAAUGUCCAUCUCCGAUCCAUCCACACCUUAUAAUCUUCUCGAGGGCGUACAGAAUACUCCCGUAACAAGUUAUACGCCCACAACCAGCACUGGUGCUUCGACUCAAUUGUUCUCUCUACAGGAUCCGCGCACCCGCUUUAUUUUACAUAUGAACUGGCGCGCGCAAGCAUUACCGAUCUUAAUCAACGGCCUCCCAUCGCUUUCCACCUCUCACACAAUCUCUUCCUCUCCCUCCACCUCCUACGACAACCUCCCCAUGCCCUCACCCAGCCAAAUCGCCCGCAUAUCACCUUACUCAUACAUCGUCUCUUCACACUACAAGACCCCCACAUUCUUGAUUCAUGGUACAGAAGACGAUUUAAUUCCUUGGCAACAAAGCCAGAAAACGUAUGAGGCGCUAAAAGAAAGGGGGGUUGAGGCAGGCAUUGAGGUUCUGGAGGGAUCAGGACAUCUCUUUGAUUUGACUAGGGAUAGAGGUGGCGAUGAGGGGGUAAGAGCGGUAGAGAGAGGAAUGGAGUUUUUGAAGAGAUUCGUGUAA